AUGAUGCGCAUCAUACCAACCUUCCAAGAGUCUACCUGUCCUUUAGGUUUGACAAUCUGCCUGGAUGCCUGUUCUGCUGAGGUCUCGGGCAGCAAGGUGACAUUAGCAGGAGGUUUGGUGUCUCGGUUCCACAUCAUGUGUAGUCUUGGCCAAGGUCUGGAAUACAAGUGCCUGCCACAGGAUGGCAGCAAUCAGUCAUCUUUGAAACACCCUCUUUCAGUUCGAAUAUUCCGUUUCAAGAUGAGGUCCAAAGAUCAGCUAUUCACACUAGAUCACUUUGUGGAGACGGAAACUGUAUCAUCUCAGAAGCAGGACUUCCAGCUCUUCCCUGCAAUCUCUCAUGAACUCAUGCAGCUGCCCAGAGGGUUUGAGUUUUCUUUAGCAUCACCUAACCUGCUCAGGGCACCCUGGAGGAACAACAACAUCAGUUUUCUGAGCAGAGAGGCAGCUGUAACAGAGCAAGGAGAGACUAUCAUAGGUUUCUACCUACUGGCUUUAGGUUGGCUGUCUUGGUUUGGAAACAGCAUUGUGAUUUUUGUCCUGUAUAAACAAAGACAUCUUCUGCAGCCCACUGACUACCUCACGUUUAACUUGGCGGUAUCAGAUGCUAGUAUCUCUGUGUUUGGAUAUUCACGGGGGAUCAUUGAAAUCUUCAAUGUCUUCAGAGAUGAUGGAUUCAUUAUCACAUCAAUAUGGACCUGCCAGGUUGAUGGCUUCCUGACACUUCUCUUUGGCUUGGCCAGCAUUAAUACCCUUACAGUAAUCAGCGUGACUCGCUACAUCAAAGGCUGCCAUCCUGAGAGAGGUCACUGCAUCAGCAACAGCAGUAUGACGGUGGCUCUGGUUCUCAUUUGGACAGCAGCUUUCUUCUGGUCAGCAGCUCCAUUACUUGGCUGGGGCAGUUAUACAGAUCGCAUGUAUGGGACAUGUGAGAUAGACUGGGCAAAAGCCAACUUUUCUACAAUCUACAAGUCCUACAUUGUCUCCAUUUUUAUCUGCUGUUUUUUCCUACCUGUCACAGUCAUGGUCUUCUCAUAUGUGUCAAUCAUCAAUACUGUCAAGCUAAGCCAUGCCUUGACAGGACUGGGCGAUCCCACAGACAGACAGAGGAGAAUGGAGCGGGAUGUCACCAGGGUUUCUAUUGUCAUUUGUACAGCCUUCAUUAUUGCAUGGUCACCAUAUGCUGUCAUCUCUAUAUGGUCUGCCUAUGGUCACGCAGUGCCCAAUCUCACCAGCAUCCUUGCCAGUUUGUUUGCUAAGUCUGCCAGCUUCUACAAUCCCAUUAUCUACUUCGGAAUGAGCUCCAAAUUUCGGAGGGAUAUUUUCAUCUUGUUCCAUUGUGCCAAAGAAGUUAAGGACCCUGUGAAACUCAAACGUUUCAAAAACCUCAAGCAAAAACAACAAGAGCCCUCUCAGAAGGAAAAGAAGUAUGCAGGAGAAAUGCACCCCGCAGCAAGCCCUGAUUCCGGGGUGGGAAGUCCAACCAACACCCCACCUCCAGCAAACAGGGGAGAGUAUUUUGGUAUUCUUGAUACAUCAUCUAAUAACCCUGACAUUGAAUGUGACAGACUGUAA